AUGGGCAGAGAAAACCAGACAUGGAAGAGUGAGUUCAUUCUGCUGGGGCUGUCCAGCCGCUGGGACACUCAGGUCUCCCUCUUUGUCCUUUUCCCGGUCAUGUAUCUGGUGACCGUGCUGGGGAGCUCCCUCCUCCUCCUCCUCCUCAUCAGACUGGACAGCAGGCUACACAUGCCUAUGUACUUUUUCCUCAGUGUCCUGUCCUGUGUGGACAUCUGUUAUACCAACAGCACCGUCCCACAGCUCCUGGUUCACUUCCUGUCAGCCCGGAAGUCCAUCCCAUUCCACAGCUGUGUGCUCCAGCUGUUAAUCUCCCUGGCCCUGGGCAGCUCCGAGUUCUUCCUGCUGGGAGCCAUGGCCUACGACCGCUCUGUGGCGGUGUGCCGCCCGCUGCACUACACGGUCAUCAUGCAUGGGGGGCUCUGCCUGGGGCUGGCUGCUGGCUGCUUGGGGGCUGGCUUCAUGAAUUCAUUGAUGCAGACAAUUAUCAUCUUCCAGCUACCUUGGUGCCGUAAUGUUAUCAAUCACUUUGCCUGUGAGAUGUUGGCUGUGCUGAGGCUGACCUGUGUGGACAUCUCCUUCAACAAGGUCACGGUGGCCAUCUCAGGAUUUCUGGUGAUCAUGCUUCCCUGCUUCCUGGUUCUGUUCUCCUACGUUCGUAUAGCUGCUGCCUUUCUGCACAUCCGCUCUGCCCAGGGACGCUGCAAGGCUUUUGAGACCUGCGCCUCCCACCUCACCGUGGUCUCCAUGUGCUUCGGAACAGCCAUCUUCACAUACUUGAGACCCACUGCUGGCUCCUCGGCAGAGCAAGAGAAGAUGGUUGCCCUGUUCUAUGCUGUGGUGACCCCAAUGCUGAAUCCCUUAAUCUACAGCCUGAGGAACAAGGAGGUAAUGAACGCCCUGAGAAGACUGUUGGGAAAACUUAGUGCAAAAAGGUGA